GUGACUUCAGAAUAAACACAUCCAGCAAUCACCCUCUAUGAAUCACUUACCUACUGAAAGAAACGUCCUGUGGGUUUAUAGGUUUUUAUCCAGGCUCUAGCUAUGGAAAAUCUCAGCAGAGAAUAAACGACAGAGAGUAAGUGAAUGCAGUGAAGGACAACAGAAGUGAAUGGAUAUUUAGAGCAACAUCAAAGUCCCGAUUUGUUCCCUUGGAGCUGGAUAUUUCAAUAAAAGCUGCUAAGAAUUUGGUUUUUUCUGCCAAGUCCAGAAUUCAUCUCUCUCCUAUUUUGCUAUGGAGGAGGGAUCCACUGAGGAGUUUCUCUUCAAAGACCAGGACUUCUCCUCUGAACUGCUGAGGCAGCUGAAUGCUCUGCGGCAGAGCGGGAUGCUGACUGAUGUUACCCUCUGCUCUGGGGGCUUCGAAAUCCCCUGCCACCGAAACGUGCUGGCUUCCAGCAGUCCGUACUUCAAGGCGAUGUUCUGUAAUGACUUCAGAGAGAGUCGCCAGGCUAAAGUCAUCCUGAAGGGCAUCGAUGCUGAGGUUUUGGAUCAGAUUAUCCUUUACGUUUACACAGGGGAGAUUCUUAUAUCCACUGAGAAUGUCCUGUGCCUCUUGGAGACGGCCUCCAUGCUGCAGUACACUAAGCUGUUUGAGGCCUGCUCUGCCUACCUCCAAGACAAGCUGACUCCUGACAACUGUCUGAGCAUGAUCAGACUGGCAAAAGUCUUGAACUGCCAAAACCUGAGUAAGAAAGCCAAGGCUAUGGCUUUGAAAUGCUUUCCUGAGGUGGCCUCUUCUGAGGACUUGAAGGACCUUUGUCCCUUGGAGCUCAUUGAUUACCUUGGGGAUGAUGAGCUCUGCGGGGAGGAGGAGCAGGUCUUUGAGACACUGAUGGUCUGGAUCAGGCAUGACCUCCAGGCAAGACAAGGCUACAUCCAAGAGUUGUUCAAGAAGGUCCGGCUUCAGUACGUCCAUCCAACUUUCCUCUUCCACUUCAUUGCCAAUGACUCCCUCGUUCAGUCCUCACCCACUUGCAGGAGCAUCCUUGAGUCAGCCCGGAGACAUAUGUUUUCCUUGUACAGCACCGACGCGCCUGACAUCAAGCCCAUGCUGCAUGUUCCUCGCAGGUACUCCAGCCAAGAGUUCCUCAUCAUCAUUGGUGGCAGGAAGGACAGCCAGCAGACCACGAGGGAUGUCCUGCUCUAUGAUGACAAGACAAACCAAUGGCUAAGCCUGGCCAAACUUCCCGUGCGCCUGUACAAAGCCUCUGCAGUGAGCCUACACAGCAAUAUUUAUGUGCUCGGAGGGAUGCCUGUUAGCAAUAUGAAAAGCCCGGUCAGCGAUAAUAUUUACAUUUACUCCCUCAAACUCAAUCAGUGGAGGUUGGCUGAGCACAUGUUAGUUCCACGUUACUCCCACAGAAGCUUGGCAUAUAAAAAUUAUAUUUUAUCAUUCGGUGGAAUUGGUGAAAACCAGGAAAUCCUGAAUUCUGUGGAAAGAUAUGAUAGCAUCUACAACACCUGUGAGAGCAUGGCAAACAUGCCUGUUGCUGUCCUUCACCCUGCUGUUGCUGCCAAAGAUCAGAGGGUCUACCUCUUUGGGGGAGAAGACAUUAUGCAAAACCCUGUCCGGCUGAUCCAGGUUUACCAUGUCUCCAGGAAUACGUGGUUUCGGAUGGAGACCAGAGUGGUGAAGAAUGUCUGUGCACCAGCUGUCAUGAUUGGAGACCAGAUUAUCAUCGUAGGUGGGUACACCCGGAGAAUAAUUGCUUAUGAUACAAAAGGCAACAAGUUUGUUAAAUGUGCAGACAUGAAGGACAGACGAAUGCAUCAUGGUGCCACUGUCAUCAAGAACAAGCUGUAUGUCACAGGAGGACGAUGUCUCACCGCGGACAAUGUCAUUGAGGACUUGGAUUCCUUGGACUGCUAUGACCCAGAGACUGACACAUGGACACCAAAGGGAAAAAUGCCACACAAACUCUUUGACCAUGGGUGCCUUACACUCCAGUGCGUCCCCUGUUCUAACCUUCUCUAAACGACCUUUGGUACUUCCCAGGACAUUUUGUGCUUUCCUUCCCAGAAAGGACCCACCUUGCACUGCAGAGAGCACAUGGGGAAUCCUCAUGGGGUCCCACAAACUCCUGACCUUGAAGGCACCAGCGGUGUUAGUCAUUCCCCAAAUGGUCUGCCAGAAAGGUCAUGAGCUUUGCGCUCAUGCCGUAUUUGCCUGACCAGUAUUGCAUAUGGUGCUGCUAAGUCCAACCCAGAGGACUCAGCAGAGUCAGACCAGAGUCUCAGCUGAAAACAGGAAAAAGAUACUGAGUAAGAACGUGCUGCAGGAUUUGGCCUUGUACAGACUUUAAAAUGAAAGGUGAAUAGGAAUGCUGGUAUCUCCAGGGAAAGUAAGAUCUGGGUAACCUGCAUUUGUUAACAUGCAAACUCAGCUGCGUGCCGCGGCCCUUUGCUGCUCGGUGCUGACAAAGCUUUCCAUUUCGAGUGGUGGCAGUGUUUAGAAUAGGAAGCCCCAAGCUCUAGUCUUGUAGCCAGCCCAGCAGCAGCUACCUGCGUUAGCUAUGGUAGUCAUCU